AUGGAUGUUGGUGAGAAAGCAGUAUACAAUUUGCCAUUGUCGCUACUGGAAAAUUUUAUCAAUGUUAAAUAUCAAACGCAAGCAAAAUGCGGUCCGGAAGCCAGCAUGAAGCUAGUACAGCAGUAUGGAGAAGCAGCGUAUGUUCUUGUUUUUAUGGAUUGGUCCGGGAAAUCGAUUCCUAAACCACCAGCGAAAUUCUUCACAGUAAAGGUAAUACCGUACUGUGCAGUCGCAAAUCAACUAGGAAAAGGUGGUAAUGGAACCGAAGUUGAUAACAUACAACAUGUCAAAGCGGAAAUGCCGGAAUAUGAAACUGAUCGCGAGAAAAUGGCCUGGAUUGUUGCGGUUAGUUAA